AUGUCGCCAACAUUUGCUGGCAUGUCCGGCAGGCCCCUGUCGUUGACGGUGUCGACCAUCGCAACUAUGGGUUUCUUGCUUUUUGGUUAUGACCAGGGUGUCAUGUCCGGUAUCAUUGAUUCUUCUGCAUUCGCCAAAUUCCUCCCCAUCACGGCUGGUAACUCCACCAUGCAGGCCUUGGUGACUGCUGUUUAUGAGUUGGGUUGUCUGGUGGGUGCCAUGUUUGCCCUGUUCACUGGUGACAAGAUGGGUCGUCGCCUGAUGGUUAUGUGGGGUGCCUUUGUCAUGAUCAUUGGUGUCGUUAUCCAGGUUUGUGCCGUUGACGGCCACGGAGCUACUGCCCAGUUCUUCGUCGGUCGUAUCAUCACUGGUGUCGGUAACGGAAUGAACACCUCCACCAUCCCCACCUACCAGGCUGAAUGCUCCCGUUCUACCAACCGCGGUCUGCUCAUCUGUAUCGAGGGUGGUAUCAUCGCUAUUGGUACUAUGAUCGCCUACUGGAUUGACUUCGGUGCCUCCUACGGUCCCGACGACCUGGUCUGGCGUUUCCCCAUUGCUUUCCAGGUCGUUUUCGGUGUUAUCAUCAUCGUCGGCAUGUACUACCUUCCCGACUCUCCUCGCUAUCUCAUCGCCAAGGGCAAGGUCCACGAGGGUGAGUACGUCCUUGCUGCCCUUGGUGGCUACGAGAUCGACUCCCACGAGACCCAGAUGCAGAAGCAGCUUGUCAUCGAGUCUAUCGAGGCUGCGGGUGUUGCCGAUGGCGCCGGUUAUUCCGACCUCCUCACCGGUGGAAAGACCCAGCACCUCCGUCGCAUGUUGAUCGGUUCUUCCUCUCAAAUCGCCCAGCAGCUCUCUGGCUGCAAUGCUGUCAUCUACUACCUGCCUGUUCUUCUGAAGACUUCCCUCGGGCAGGAUGAGUUCAUGUCUAUGCUGAUCGGCGGUAUCAACAUGAUCGUCUACGCGAUCUUUGCUACCUUCUCCUGGUUCUUCAUUGAGAAGAUCGGUCGUCGCAAGCUUUUCAUCGGUGGCAUGACCGGUCAGAUGGUUUCCAUGAUCAUUGUCUUUGGAUGUCUGAUCCCCGACAACUCCGAGGUUUCCAAGGGUGCUGUCUUCGGUCUGUUCCUUUACAUGUCUUUCUUCGGUGCCUCCAUCCUACCACUCCCAUGGUUGUACCCCGCCGAGAUCUCGCCUCUCCGCACCCGUGCCAAGGCCAACGCCGUUUCGACCUGCUCCAACUGGCUGUUCAACUUCACUGUUGUCAUGAUCACCCCCGUCAUGCUCAACAGCAUCGGCUGGCGCACCUACCUGUUCUUCGCCAUCAUGAACGCCGCCUUCAUCCCUGUCAUGUUCUUCUUCUACCCCGAGACUGCUGGUCGCUCUCUUGAGGAAAUUGAUCUCAUUUUCGCCAAGGGAUACUGCGAGAACAUGAGCUAUGUCAAGGCUGCCCGUGAACUGCCCAAGCUCACUGACGAAGAGAUCGAGGCCAAGGCUGCUGAGUAUGGUUUCGAGUCUAGCCGUCGCAAUGGUGAUGUUGAGGGUGCUGGUGCUGAGAAGCUCUCUCCCCGCGAUAGCUCCAGCGAUGGCAAGGAGAGCCACGAGGAUAUCGAGAACUCCCGCCCUUAG